CUUUCAUGGGUUACCGGUGCCACCCACUCGCCGUUCUCUCUGUCAGGGACGAACAGACACGUCGCCAUGCUAUGGCUAUGCCCUUGAGCUUCCUCCCGCACCCCGUCCCUCUCUGAGUGACUGCGCCACCGCUACAGUCAUGGCUGCGUGAUACUGGUCCUCAAAGUGGUGAGACAGCGCCUGUGGGUAUGUGUUGUGUGCACACCACACAAACAUUGCUUCAGACAGACACCGAGAUGCAAUACGGUGCUGUGCUACGCCCCGCCUGACCUCUCCGUUAGUGAUAGUGUUGAGCAUGGCCACUUCCCUGUCGAUGAACUCCUCCGUCAGCCGAGGCAGCUCCACCGAACGACCCAGAAACACCAGCUGCACGCAGCGCAGCCACACAGCCAGCCACGCAGGCCAGGCAUCCACACAAGGUCAUCAAAGAGACGGGAUGAAUGAACGACCUACCGCCCACUCCACUCCACUUACCGUUCCGUUUUCGUCUUUGCCCCAGGGGUUGGCCUCCUGCAGCGGGUUGGGCCCCUCCGUCUCCCCCUCUAUCCACAGAUUGGUCUGACCCGCCUCGUCAACCAACACCGUACGGCCCACGUGCUCAUAGUCCAGAAUCCUAAAGGAAGGCGCGCAGAUAGACACGCAGACAGGAACACACAAGAGACCAUGUAGUGCGUGAAGUCCGGGAGGAUUGAAAGAGGGAGCGGGCAGCUCGGCUCACCAGGCCGUGGCGCCUCGCGGCAGCCGGGCUAUCACAUCACGACUGUUGACCACACGAAAUGCGUCGCCGAUCCUAUGUGGAGGGAGGAACAGGGCAAACGCAGAAUAUAUACUGGGACAAUCCCAUCUGGCCCUCUCUCCACACCCACUUUGCGUUGAAUUUCUCCACAAAUGCCCCGUUGCCCACCCGCGGGGCCCCGUAAUUGUACAGCAGCACCUUGCCGGGCGGGCCCCUGGCCUCCCCCCGACUCACAGGCCCGUGUGUGGCCAUGUCAUAUGCACACAAAGUGGCCAGCGCCCCUCCCAGGCUGUGGCCCGUCACGAGCACCUCCCACUCCCCCGCCUGGCCGCCCGUCGCCUCGUGGAUCAGCUCAUGCAGACGGGAACGGAUCGACAAAUAUGCCUGGUGAAAACCUGCACGCGCACAGGAGGGCCCACAGACGUUCAUCGACAUGGUCGCCGUCCGUGUGUGCUCCUUGCGGACCGACCAGCAUGCACCCGCGGGUCGCUGUUGUUGCCUCCCAACUGCACGGCGAAGACCUCGGGCAUGCGGAACUGCAGCUGUGCCGUCAGGUUGUAGAGCGACGCGUCGAUGGUGUCCCAGUCGACCUGCACCUCACCCUUGGACACCCUGCUGGCCAAGGCCAGCAACUCGGGGUCCAGCUCCAGCUCACGCGGCAGCCUCAAGUUCUGCAGCGGCAGACUCGCAAAGGUCACGUUGGGCAGCGACGGCAGGGGCAAAGACAGGGACGGGAGAGCGAAGAGGCCCCCCUCUUCUCUCCCUCUCCCCCUCUGCUGCAUGGGCUCUUCCUCUUGUGUGGUGGCGAUGAACAUGGCUUCGGGCAGAGUGAUGUUGGGCGCCAGCUGGGGGGUCGAGUCGGCACCGAUGGGCGAUGGAGGUUGACGCGUCGUCGCCUGUGAGAUGAGCCGCUGGAACGCCUGUGCCCGCUUCGAUGCCAUAUCCAGCACUUGGGUAGCGUUGAGUUCGCGGAACUGCUUUCCCACAAGCAGAGGGUUGAUGCGGUGCUCUCCACCGGCCUGCUGAUCUGAGUCCAAUGAGGGGUCGGUGUGGUUGCUGAAGGACGACAUAAUUGAGAAGGGGCUGGACAGCGAUAUCAGCUGGAAGGACUCGUCGAGGGAGAGCUUCUUCUCCUUGCCUUCGCCGAUCUCCUGAAGGCGGCUCUUGAGCAGCGACUGGCUCAUCUCCGAGAGGGCCUUCAGAGGCUGCCAUGUCGCGUCUUCCGGGGCGGCGGAAGACGGGGCUGCGGUGGACCUUUCCUCCUGUGUCGUGGGUGUGUCGGGGGCUGGGGGCUUGAGCACACCCGACAGCCACUUGACAGGGUCCCACUGCCUGUCGACUAGCGUGUAGUCCUCCCUCUCUGUCUUGCCGCUCAUCGCAAGCCACGGAAAGGACCGCUGCGCCUCAGCCGGGCUAUCCUCUUCGGCCCUCGUCCCCAUCUCUUGCGCCUCAUCCGCCAUGGCCGCUUUGGGUGGCUCAUCUAGCUGGAGAGGCUCCUGGACUAGGGUGAUGUCGGUCAGGAAGUCUCGCCAUGACGUCAUCUCGGUGCCGCGGAAGGCCACCACAAGCCGCUUCCUCCUGUUGUCGCGCCAGAGGCCCACUUGUGUGCAGGUGAAGACGUUCUGCAGGAAACAGAUGAACUCGAAGUCCGAUGCCCACGGCUCCAAGCCCCACACCUGACGAGCCAGCGCGCUCCAGUCGGCUGAGCAGCCGAAGCCCGCCGGGCCCCCCUCCCCCGCCUUUUCCAACACGCUCGCGGCCUCUUUCGCACGCGCGGCCAUGUCGGACUCAUCCAUUGGGGGGAUGGCCUCGGCCUCGUCGUAGGAGGGCGGUGUUGACGGGCUUCCCUCUUCUGGGCUCUCGGCGUCAUCAUCUCUUUCGAAGGGGACGUACUGAACGAUCACGUUGAUUUUGCCCGCGUCACCUGCCGAUAGAUGUCGGGCGGCGCGGCCAUUGGGCCGCUCGUCGACGGCAUGGUCGCCUUGGCCGCGUUUGCAUCGCUUGCGGACGUCUUCUGUUCUGUCUGGGGCGGACUUCUGGAGAGGGAGCCACCCCUGCCACACGAACCGACCGCCGCCAUCUGUUUGGGAAAAAGGAAACGGCAGAGCAGAUGAGAGAUGAGAGAGGCUGGUGUGCUGGUUUACUCGUGAGUGGGGGUGUCUGGCCACCUGCGUCGUGUCCCUCUUCGUCCAAGAGAGUGGCAUUUGCUCGUAUCUCAUCGACAUCGAUGGUCACGACACCGAGUUCGUCGUCAUUCGAAAACAACUCCUGGUGAGCCAGCAGGCAACACGGAUGCACUUCUGAAUGCAUUCUUGUAUGUGUGUGUCGCAUCCGGCACCCAUGCCCCACUCACCUCAUCGAGGACUCUGAGGUUGAGGACUCCUCCAUCCAGGCCUCUGGUGUAGAGGGACAGCGUCUGCUGCCACUUGGGAUUAGAGCUGCUCUUGACCGUCCUGGUCCUAUCGACAACGCCCCGCGUGCCUGAAACAGACAGACAGACAGACAGAUAGGUGGCCGUGUGUGUCGUCUUCAUGUGUUUCUUCUACCUGAGGCAUCGGCGAGCGAGACCACGACGUACGGGUCGCUUUCGAAUCCGGUCAGGGCCGCCUCUAAGAACGAGUCCUCACGGACGAGGUCAGAUGCCUCCAGAACAGUCACCAGCAACAGGCCUAAUGGACGAGGCACCAAGGCAGACAGGCAGGUUGCCCGUGGACACGUGUGUUCCACCACCCGCAGCAGGCACCUUGUACCCCUCUCCUUGAAAUACUCACAGCUACGCACACAUACCGUCGAAGACCUGACGAAUGAAGUCAGCCGACUGAAAAGCCACGUCGUUGCCAUUCGCAGACCGCUCCCACUUGCCUGAAAGAACCAGCCAACCAAACCAACACAGCCACUCAUCACAUCGCCAUGCAUCCGGUCUUGUGUGUGGGUGCAGUCAGUCACCUGCCCUUGGCUCGUUGUACGCCUGAAACGAGAAGCCCGCUAGUAGAACAGCCUUGCGAAUGUCGAACUGGGAGUAAUGGAGAUGAGAGGCCAGGUCCUCGAUCUUCUCGAAGACGCCGCCCCGCUUGAACCAUCGAGAUGCCGUGGACAGCAGGCCCGAUGGAGAUGGCCGUUCUGAAGGGCGCGUCGGGCUCUUGAGUGCAUGCAAGGGGUGCAGCGACCCAUGGCGGAAGGAGGCAGAACGGAAUGGCGUGAGGAAGGCAGAUGAAUGCCUCUGUAUCGACAGUGAUGCGAGCAGGCAGAUCACCAGCCAGCGGAUCCGGGCAGAUCCUCUCCUCUCUCUCCUCAUCAUCAUUGCGUCAUCUCUCCUCCUCAUCAUUGCCGCCAGUAGCAUCGCAUCGGAUGCAUGAGGUCGUCGCCUUCUUCUGUCCAGCAGCGCCUUCACCUCCACGUCUGCGAGCUCGGGAACAGCCGGAGCUCGCAU